AUGUCUGACAAGCGCACUAUCUUGAUAACAGGCUGCUCGGACGGCAGUCUUGGCUCUGCCCUGGCACUAGCAAUGAAAGAUCGUGGAUGGCGUGUCUUCCCCUCCGGACGUAACCUAGCCAAGCUGGGUAAAGUCAAAGAAGCCGGUCUCGAAUGCGUCGAAAUGGAUGUUGGCUCGGAAGAAUCCGUCUUAGAAGCUGUUGAGAAAGUCAAGCAAAUGACUGGCGGCUCAUUGGAUGCAUUGCUCAACAAUGCGGGCUCCGGCUACAGCAUGCCUCUUAUACAUGUUGACAUCGCCAAAAGUCAUGAACUCUUUGAACUCAACGUCUUCUCUAUCAUCAGGGUCACCCAAGCCUUCGUUCCUCUACUUCUCAAGUCUACCCACGGGGCUUUACUUAUCAACAACACCUCUGCAUCGGGUCUUCUUGGAGCCGGUAUCCCAUUCCAAGGAACUUAUGCAGCAUCCAAGGCCGCUGCAGCCAGUGUGACGGAGAGUUUGAGAGUCGAACUCGCCCCCUUUGGCAUCCGAGCCAUCAACCUGGUCACCGGCGGCGUCAAGUCCACUUUUCACAGCAAUUCACCGGAUGCUGAACUUCCCAAGGACUCGAUAUACAACGUCGCUAAGGAGGCUAUCGAAUCUUCCAUGAACGGCAAUGAAGCAGGGAUGAACAAACCUGAUGCGACGACCUGGGCGAAACAAGUCGCUGGAGAUCUGAGUCAACGCAAGCCACCUUUUCUGAUAUCUCGAGGGGGUAGUGCUGGCUUGGCUCGUAUAGGUACUCUGUUCCCGACAAGUACCUUUGACUCGACUGUCAAACAACUUGGUGGCAUAGACGUAUUGGAGAGAAAGCUGAAAGAGGCAAAGUCGACUGCAAAGCCUCAGUGA